AAAAGUUACGCAACAGACGUCGCAUAAAUUUCGGCUCCGCGGGGCUGAGGCUGUUGGUGGCGUCUGGCUGUGAGGGUGGCGGCUGCUUCUGUGGUGUCUCCAACUAAUUGGCAAUUCUCGGCCUCCUCAACCUCCGGUAACAGGUCAGAAUGCAGAUCUUCGUGAAGACCCUGACCGGCAAGACCAUCACUCUAGAGGUUGAGCCCAGUGAUACCAUUGAGAAUGUGAAGGCCAAGAUCCAGGAUAAAGAGGGGAUCCCUCCCGACCAACAGAGGCUGAUCUUUGCUGGAAAGCAGCUGGAAGAUGGCCGCACUCUUUCUGAUUACAACAUCCAGAAAGAGUCCACCUUGCACCUGGUCCUGCGUCUGAGAGGGGGUAUGCAGAUCUUCGUGAAGACCCUGACUGGCAAGACCAUCACCCUGGAGGUGGAGCCCAGUGAUACCAUUGAGAAUGUGAAGGCCAAGAUCCAGGAUAAAGAGGGGAUCCCUCCCGACCAACAGAGGCUGAUCUUUGCUGGAAAGCAGCUGGAAGAUGGCCGCACUCUUUCUGAUUACAACAUCCAGAAAGAGUCCACCUUGCACCUGGUCCUGCGUCUGAGAGGGGGUAUGCAGAUCUUCGUGAAGACCCUGACCGGCAAGACCAUCACCCUGGAGGUGGAGCCCAGUGAUACCAUUGAGAAUGUGAAGGCCAAGAUCCAGGAUAAAGAGGGCAUCCCACCCGACCAGCAGAGGCUGAUCUUCGCUGGAAAGCAGCUGGAAGAUGGCCGCACUCUUUCUGAUUACAACAUCCAGAAAGAGUCCACCCUGCACCUGGUCCUGCGUCUGAGAGGGGGUAUGCAGAUCUUCGUGAAGACCCUGACUGGCAAGACCAUCACCCUGGAGGUGGAGCCCAGUGAUACCAUUGAGAAUGUGAAGGCCAAAAUCCAGGAUAAAGAGGGCAUCCCACCCGACCAGCAGAGGCUGAUCUUCGCUGGCAAGCAGCUGGAAGAUGGCCGCACUCUUUCUGAUUACAACAUCCAGAAAGAGUCCACCCUGCAUCUGGUUCUUCGUCUCAGGGGUGGCUAUUAGUUUUAGUCUACCCUCCCAGUGUCCAAUAAUGGCAUUACUCAGCACUAUAGCCAUUUGCCCCAAUUUAAGUUUAGAAGUUAACCAGUUUCAGUAAUAGCUGAACCUGUUCAAAAUGUUAAUAAAGGUUUUGUUGCAUGAUAGCA